GACAUUACUGUCAGCGGUGAACAGCGACAGCCCGCCCAGACUCCUCCAGGAAAUCAGAUCUCCGUGAACCUGGGGAUGGCGUCUCUCCCAAGCACAGCAGUUCCCUUGCUGGUUCUCACGCAGUGGCUAACACAACAGGUGGCUGAUUCGGCAUGGCUGGACAUGGCCGACAACGCGUUUGACGAUCAGUAUGUGGGCUGUACUGAAGAAAUGGAGAAAAGGGCACCUCAGCUGUUAAGAGAAGAACUGGAAGCACAUCAAAAAUUGAAAACUGCGUGGGAAAAGGCAGCAAAGAAGUGGAGCGAGAUAAAGAGCAACACAAACAAACUCAGUGAUUUCCACGGGACAGCGGUCGUGACCUAUACGAACGUGUCCAUCGCAGAAGAAUUCAACCGAGCUGUGAGAGGGUUUCAUCAAAAUUCACAUAACUUCCCCUUCAAAGCCUUCCAUUAUUAUUUGACAAGAGCCCUUGAGCUUCUCAAGGACAAUCAGUGUUUCACAGUUUACAGAGGCAGCAAGACCAAGUUCUAUUAUAGCGGGAAAGGGAAUGUGCGUUUCGGACAAUUUACCUCAUCAUCUUUGUCGAAUGCUGUAGCUUUGCAUUUUUCUAGUGAGACCGGAACAAUUUUUACUAUCAAAACCUGUUUGGGUGUUAGUAUUGCAAAGUUCUCUUUUGUACCACAUGAACAGGAAGUACUAAUUCCAGGGUAUGAGGUGUAUCAGAAAGUCACUGUAGAAGAUACAGAUAAAGGAGGGAAUCGCAUUCAUCUGGAACGUUACCGAAAAGGGGGAAGUAACUACAAUUGCUACUAUCUUUCGACUGCAAAUUCCAGCAGAUACCGCCACUUGGGAAUGAGAGAAGGCACUGCGCUCCUCCUGCUGUUGCCUGGGAUCCUCGCCCUGCUGAUCUCCCAUGCAGAGGGUUAGCCCUAAGCCUGACCUUCCUGGUGCCUAGUUCUUCGUGGAGUGUGUGCAACAGGGAUCCGAGAGCAGCAACGAGGCGGGGGCCUGAAUGGCUCUCGCCAAUAGCAGGAAAGGUGGGGGUAUAGGAUUGUGUCUGCAUGCUGCUUAGUGCUCAGAUCCCCACAGACAUUGCAGCGAUCGCUGUGUCUGGCUGCAAAAAACAAAUGCUCCCUCUUCAAAAUGGUGACCCAGCUUAAG